AUGCAGACUCACAGGGAUGUUAACAAGGGAGCAUGGACAGUAGAGGAAGAUGCAAAACUAGCUGAGGUUAUUGCAAUUCAUGGUGCUAAAAGAUGGAACACAAUUGCUGCCAAAGCAGGUCUUAAUCGGUAUGGGAAGAGUUGCAGAUUAAGGUGGAUGAAUUAUUUAAGACCAAAUAUUAAGAGAGGCAACAUAUCAGAUCAAGAAGAGGACUUGAUACUUAGACUUCAUAAACUACUUGGGAACAGGUGGUCUUUGAUUGCUGGAAGACUACCUGGUCGAACAGAUAACGAGAUAAAAAACUAUUGGAAUUCUCAUUUGAGCAAGAAAAUAAAGCAGCAACUGAAAGAGAAAGACAGUGGAGGUAGUUCAGGGAGACUAGGAUUUGCUGCUGAUCAAAAAAGAAGAGCAAGUAGGGAUGAUGUGAAGAAGAUGGUGGAGGUGAAGAGAUCAGAAGAGAACACUAAUAGUACAAUAUGUAAUUUUAACAUAGAGGAAGAAGAAGAAGAUCAUUCAAUAAUGGGCUUUAAUAUGGAUGAUUUUUUUGAUUUCUCCAACGAAGAUCCUCUGAAAUUAGAGUGGAUCAGCAGAUUCGUUCAACUUUGA